GCUCAGGGCUGGGAUUUCGGGUUAAAUAUUCAAAAUGGCGGACGGAGGAGCAGCGAGUCAAGAUGAGAGUUCAGGACCAGAUGCUAAAGUGAAUAAUCUGUCAGAAACUACUAAAUGUGCAAUGGAAAGUGGUGACGGGAACACUGGAAUCCAAAUCAAUGGAUUGGACUUUCAGAGACAGACUGUUCCAAUCACAAAUGCACAUGCACAAGCCCUCAUCCAACAGUUGACCCUGACCCCAGCAGUACACCAGCAGCUGUUGCUCCAGCAAGCCCAAGCUCAGUUUCUGGCUGCAGCCGUCCAGCAGUCAGCCAGCCAGCAGAACAGCACCACUGGGGCGAGCAUCCCAGCGUCUGGUGCCACACAGCUAUCACAGCCCAUCCAGAUCACACAAAUACAGCCGCAGAAUCUGCCUCAGUUUGUUCUGGUUCAGCCUGGCCACCACAUCUCCUCUCCCCAUCAGUUCAUCAUCUCACCGUCGCAACCCCAACCAGCCCUUCGAAAUCUACCUCAGACCCAACAUAACCUCCUGCAGACUCAACCUAACAUCAACCUUAAAACUGAGGUUGGUAACGAAGCGAAGCAGGUCCAACACCUGCUAAACUGUUUCAGUUAUACUGGUUUGACUUCACCAUCAGUAAUCCAGCCUGCAACUCCACCAGCAGCCACGACUAUUCAGACCCUCCACAGUCAGACACCACCCAAGCGGCUGGAUACCCCCACUCUGGAGGAGCCGAGUGAUCUGGAGGAGCUGGAGCAGUUUGCCAAGACCUUCAAACAGAGACGCAUUAAACUGGGCUUCACACAGGGUGAUGUUGGCCUGGCCAUGGGGAAGCUGUAUGGAAAUGACUUCAGCCAAACCACAAUCUCUCGCUUUGAGGCCUUGAACCUGAGCUUUAAGAACAUGUGCAAACUCAAGCCACUGCUGGAAAAGUGGCUCAACGAUGCAGAGAACCUGACAUCUGACCAGGCCCUGUCCAGCCCCAGUGCUCUGGGCUCCCCAGGCAUGGGCAUAGAGGGGAUUAACCGCAGACGGAAGAAGAGGACUAGUAUUGAGACCAACAUCCGAGUGGCCUUAGAAAAGAGCUUUCUGGAGCAGAACCAAAAACCUACCUCUGAAGAGAUCACCAUGAUCGCUGACCAGCUCACCAUGGAGAAGGAGGUGAUCCGGGUCUGGUUCUGCAAUCGCCGACAAAAAGAGAAGAGGAUUAACCCGCCCAGCAGUGGAGGAUGCGGCACCCCCAUCAAAACCCUCUUUACCCCCAGUAGCCCAAUGGUGCCCAGCACAGCAAGCCUUGUGAGCAGUUCAACACCCACCACUCUGACUGUAAACCCAGUGAUGCCUCUCACCAGCACCAAUGUCUCCACUUUGACUUUCACAGGCACAACAGCUGGAGCUACAAACACUGCAUCCGUCAUCUCCACUUCACCCAUGCUCACCACAGCCAGCUCUCCGUCUUUAAGCCCAUCCCCGACUAUUCUGUCCACGACCGCGGACAACAAGGCGACCAUCUUUUCCCAGGCCCCGACAUCCAUAGCCACCACUUUGGGGAAUGGACAGGUGAUAAUGGCGUCCCCGGGGCUCACUGCAGCAUUGCAGGGGGCUACCCAGUUACCCAACAGUGCUAGCUUUGCUGCUAUGGCUGCUGCUGCUGCAGGGCUCAACCCUGGACUGAUGGCCUCCUCUCAGUUCCCUCAAGGGGGGGCCCUGCUCAGUCUGACUGCCGGUGGCCUCAGUCCUGCCUUCUUGAGUAACAGCACCCUGGCCACCAUUCAAGCUCUGGCUUCGAAUGGCACAAUCCCCAUCACCUCUCUGGACGGCCAUAACCUGCUGUUCGCCAACACCUCUGGCGGGAACGGGCACAACAUGGUGACCUUCCUGAACCCCCAGAACCUGUCGCUGCUCAACAGCCCCGUCAGCUUGGUGUCCACUGGGAUGGGGCUGCAGGUCGACCCUCACCAUCAGUCCAUGGCCGCUGUGCCUGUGCAAGCCUCAACCAUUCCCGCCACCUCCAAGGCUCAGUGAAGCCAGUCCGGCUGCACCCCGAGUUAACGCCCUAUUUCUUAUGUCGUGCACUACUCUUAUCACACCAUAUAGGGAAUAGGGAGGUCGUUAUAUGCUCUGUGCUUCACUAACCACGCCACAUUCUUUCCGUUAUAUCUAUCAUUAUUUAAUCCUUUUGCUGCCACCAAAAAGAAAAGAAUCUCAAAUGAGGUUGAGGUUAACUCUUUGCUUUUUUUUUUUGCUGUCUUUUCCUUUAUGAUUCUUGGAUGUUUUUUCCCACACACAGUUGCCAGAUGGACACUGUUGUUGGCCUGCCGCUCCUCAUGAACCUUGAAAAGUGUCCAGGAAGAAAAUAUCUUCGGCACCAUCAAGCUGUUCACAUGUUGCGUGU